AUGGAAGAAGCGUUGCAACCAUUGGUUGAAAGAUUGAAAAAAGGAAAUGUCAAGAUAUCGUUAAUGACAGGAGCUGGUAUCUCAACUGGAGCUGGUAUUCCAGACUUCAGAUCUCCAAAAACAGGACUAUAUCAUAAUUUGGCACGUUUGAAUCUUCCCCAUCCUGAAGCGGUAUUUGAGAUCAACUACUUCAGAGAAAACCCUCAUGCUUUUUACACAUUGGCUGACGAACUUUACCCUGGGAGAUUUUUACCUACGAAAUUCCAUUUUCUUAUCAGACUAUUGCAAGACAAGAAGCUGUUAAGAAGGGUGUACACACAGAAUAUCGAUGCUCUGGAGAGAUUGUCCGGUGUUUUAGAUGAUUACAUAGUGGAGGCACAUGGCUCUUUUGCCAGAAACCAUUGUAUUGAUUGUCACAAACCAAUGUCGAUUGCAGAUCUGAGAAAAGAUAUGAAGGAUAAAUCUCUAAAGGGGAUCCCAACAUGUCGUCAUUGCAAGGGUUAUGUGAAGCCUGAUAUUGUGUUUUUUGGCGAAUCUCUUCCCCGUAGGUUUUUUGAUUUGUGGGAGGAAGAAAUUGAGGAAUAUGACGUUGCAAUUGUCGCAGGAACAAGUUUAACGGUAUUUCCAUUUGCUAUGUUACCUUCUGAGGUAAGCAAAGAUUGCCUUAGAGUCCUUAUCAACAAAGAUAAAUGUGGUACAUUUGAAACUGAUCCAAGGGACUCUGAUGUGGUAAUCCAAGACGAAUGUGAUAAAGUUGCAGAACUUCUGGUGGAUUUACUGGGUUGGAGAGAUGAGUUUGAUCAAUUAGUUGAGGAAGCUACGAAGAAACAUAAAGAGAAUAGAUUAGGAUUAGGGUUAGACGAAACCCAAGCACUUUCUGAAAAGUUGGCCAAAGAAAUUGAGCAGGAUAUCCAAACAAACACUGAACCCAGAGAUGAAGAGAAUGACAUUUCUGAUAUAGUAGAGGAGAUUAACGAAUUAGUCAUAUCUUCAGAGUCCAAACCUUCAAAGGACUCUGAGUCUAACCAUGACUCUGAGCCUGAGAUAACAGAUGAAUGA